CUAUGGUAAUCAUUCCCGACAGCAAAGAUGGCGGCUGAGCGGCGCUGAGUCUACUCCGUAAAGAAAUACCAGCUUAAGUGGAUGCGCUGAGUUUUCUGCGGAACAGGGAAACCAAGUCCACGCAGAGAAAUUAUUGCUAUGAAAGAAAUGUUGUGAGAUUACGAAGACAAUAUCUUCGCGAGGAGUCACUACAGCCCGGUCGUUUUCCUGUUGUAGUGCUGAGUGUGCACCGCCGUAGCUAACUGCUCUCUAUCGUCAUUGUAAAAUGGCUCCGGUGCAGAUUGGGUCAGAUGGGCAGCUCGUCCCACUCGGAGGUCCGGUGGUCUCUGGACCACAGCCUCCACCACCUGGGGCCCCGGCCACGCACGGUAUCCGACUGAGCCUGCUGAUUGAGUUUCUUCUCCAGAGGACCUACCAUGAAAUUACCCUGCUGGCUGAACUACUUCCAAGAAAAACGGACAUGGAGAGAAAAAUCGAAAUUGUCCAAUUUGCCAGUAGAACCAGGCAGUUAUUUGUGCGUCUUCUAGCCCUGGUAAAGUGGGCAAGCAAUGCAGGGAAAGUUGAGAAGUGUGCGAUGAUCUCCAGCUUCCUGGAUCAGCAGACCAUCUUGUUUGUGGAUACAGCUGAUAGGCUGGCAUCACUGGCCAGAGAUGCGCUGGUUCAUGCCCGUUUGCCCAGCUUUGCCAUCCCCUUUGCCAUCGAUGUGCUCACCACCGGGUCAUACCCACGUCUGCCCACCUGCAUACGAGAUAAGAUCAUUCCUCCAGAUCCCAUUACUAAGGCAGAAAAGCAGACCACCCUGAACCAGCUUAAUCAGAUUCUUCGACAUCGCCUGGUCACCACAGACUUACCACCCCAGUUAGCAAACCUCACAGUUGCUAAUGGACGUGUGAAGUUUCGUGUGGAAGGAGAGUUUGAGGCCACUUUGACUGUGAUGGGAGAUGACCCUGAUAUUCCCUGGAGGCUGCUGAAGCUAGAGAUUCUAGUGGAAGACAAAGAAACAGGAGAUGGCCGAGCUUUGGUCCACAGUUUACAGGUGAACUUCAUCCAUGAGCUGGUUCAGGCACGUCUCUGUGCGGAUGAAAAACCCCUACAGGACAUGUACAACUGCUUGCACUCUUUCUGUUUGUCACUGCAGCUAGAGGUGCUCCACUCUCAGACUCUGAUGCUGAUCAGAGAGAGAUGGGGAGACCUUGUGCAGGAGGAGAGAUAUGUGCCCGCAAAAUACCUCACACUGGCUGUCUGGAACCAACAGGUUUUGGGUAGGAAAACUGGUACAGCGUCAGUCCAUAAAGUCACUAUAAAGAUUGACGAGUCAGACGGAUCAAAGCCAUUACAAAUCUCUCAUGAACCUCCUCUUCCUGCUUGUGACUCCAAACUAAUGGAGCGAGCUAUGAAGAUCGAUCAUCUAUCAGUAGAGAAACUUUUGAUUGACAGUGUACAUGCGCGGUCCCAUCAGAAACUACAGGAACUAAAGGCCAUUCUAAAGACCAGCAAUCCUGGUGACAAUUCAUUCAUUGAGACGGCUCUUCCCACACUCGUAAUCCCAAUACUUGAGCCAUGUGGUCGGUCAGAGUGCUUACACGUUUUUGUAGACCUGCACUCUGGCAUGUUCCAGCCCAUGUUGUAUGGAUUAGACCAGCCAAUGCUGGAUGACAUUGAAAAGACCAUCAACGACGAUAUGAAGCGGAUUAUAUCUUGGCUUAAACAGCUGAAGUUCUGGUUGGGGGAGCAGCGCUGUCGACAGUCAGUGAAGCACCUUCCCACUGUUUGCACUGAUGUCCUCCACCUAUCCAACAUAGCCUCUCACCCUGCUGGCAAUUUGUCCAAGCACAAACUCUUCAUUAAGCUCACACGUCUUCCACAGUACUACAUUGUGGUAGAAAUGCUUGAGGUGCCUAGUAGUCCCACAGCCUUGCAGUACAAGUACUCCUUCCUGUCUGUAUCUCAUUUGGAAGGAGAGGAUGGACCCAUGUGCGCCCAACUACUGCAGCAUUUCAAGCCUAACCUAGAACAUCUUGUUCAGGAUGCUACAGGGAAAGGGGCUCGACCUGGAACCAAAAGAAAGGUAUCUGGAGAUCAAGGGGAACCAGAGCCAAAAAAGCCUAAGCGCUCUGGGGAAAUGUGUGCCUUCAACAAGGAGCUGGCUCAUCUGGUAGCCAUGUGUGACACCAACAUGCCUUUCAUUGGCCUCAGAACAGAGCUGUCCAACAUGGAGAUUCCAAACGAGGGUGUUCAAGUGGAGGGAGAUGGGAGCAGUCAUGCAAUACGUCUGCUGAAGAUUCAUUCUUGUAAGGGAGUAGGAGAGGAGACGAGACAAGCUUUAGAUCGCUCCCUACUGGACUGCACCUUCCGAUUGCAGGGUCGUAACAACCGAACCUGGGUGGCAGAAUUGAUGCUAGCCAACUGUCCUCUCAACAGCACACACAGCAAGGAGCAAGCAUCCACGCGGCAUGUGUAUCUGACCUAUGAAAACCCUCUGUCGGAGCCGGUGGGUGGACGGAAGGUGGUUGAGAUGUUCCUCAAUGACUGGAACGCCAUAAGUCAGCUCUACCAGUGUGUCCUCAACUUCGCUCGUGCCCUGCCAGAGAUGCCGUCUUACCUGAGCCUGUUUUCAGAGGUGCGGCUAUAUAAUUACCGUAAGCUGGUGCUGUGCUAUGGCACCACCAAGGGCAGCUCGGUCACCAUCCAGUGGAACUCCAGCAGCCAACGUUUCCAUCUCAGUCUGGGCACUGUGGGGCCAAACUCUGGCUGCUCCAACUGCCACAAUAUCAUCCUCCACCAGCUACAGGAGAUGUUCAACAAGUGCCCUAGUGUGUUGCAGCUGCUGCAGGUGCUUUUUGACACACAGGCUCCUCUGAAUGCAAUCAAUAAGCUACCAACAGUGCCCAUGCUGGGCCUGACCCAGCGCACCAACACUGCCUACCAGUGCUUCUCCAUUUUACCCCAAUCACCCACACACAUCCGCCUGGCAUUCCGAAACAUGUACUGCAUUGACAUCUACUGCCGCAGCCGUGGAGUGGUGGCCAUCAGAGAUGGAGCCUACAGUCUUUUUGACAACACUAAGAUUGUUGAGGGCUUCUACCCUGCUCCAGGACUCAAGACAUUCCUGAACAUGUUUGUCGACAGCAAUCAGGAUGCUCGCAGACGCUCUGUCAACGAAGACGACAACCCGCCCUCGCCAGUGGGUGUAGACGUGAUAGACAGUCUGAUUAACCCGCUGCAGCCUCAACCUCCGCCACAGACAAUGAGAGGAGGGGCGGGAGGCGUAUAUCCUCUCACCUCCCCACCAAAUUACCAUGCUAAUGUAACUCCUUCACCAUCCAUGAUGCCCACCCAGUCACCAGGGAACAUCCAUGCCUCUGGCUCCCCUAGUGGGGCUCUGAGGGCACCUUCACCUUUUGGGCCCACCCCCUCUCCAUCUUCUCUGGGCAUAACCAUGGGCCCGUCCAGCUUUGCCAGUCCCCACGGUGCUCUGGACCCCAGCUCUCCAUAUGCCAUGGUGUCUCCCAGUCAUAGAGGCCAGUGGCCAGGCUCACCCCACCAGGUCUCGGGGCCUUCUCCUGGGGCAAGAAUCCAUGGCAUGUCUCCUGGUAAUCCAUCACUGCACUCACCUAUCCCUGAUCCUCAUUCUCCACGUGCUGGGACCAGUUCACAAGUCAUGCCUACUAGUAUGCCUCCACCCCGCAAGCUACCUCAGCGCCCCUGGGCUGCCUCCAUUCCAACUAUUCUCACCCACAAUGCCUUGCAUGUCCUUCUACUACCCUCGCCCACCCCCUGCCUGGUGCCUGGUCUGGCAGGAAGCUACCUCUGCUCGCCACUGGAGCGCUUUCUGGGUUCAGUGAUCAUGAGACGGCACCUGCAGAGAAUUAUCCAGCAGGAAGCCAACUUGUCCAUUGUGAACUCCAAUGAACCUGGGGUCAUCAUGUUCAAGACAGAUGUCCUCAAGUGCCGCGUUGCUCUCAACCCAAAGAACUACCAGACACUGCAGCUCAAAGUCACUCCAGAAAAUACCGGUCCCUGGUCCCAGGAGGAGCUUCAGGUGCUGGAGAAGUUCUUUGAGACACGGGUUGCUGGUCCUCCCUUUAAAUACAACACUCUGAAUGCCUUCACAAAGCUGCUGGGUGCACCCACUAACAUCCUAAGGGACUGUGUGCGCAUCAUGAAGCUUGAACUGUUCCCUGACCAGGGUGCACAGCUCAAGUGGAACGUCCAGUUCUGUCUCACCAUCCCUCCCAGUGCUCCUCCCAUCGCCCCACCAGGGACCAUCGCUGUGGUCCUCAAGUCGAAGAUGCUCUUCUUUUUGCAGCUGACCCAGCGUAUCCCAGUGCCCCAGGAGCCAGUGAGCAUUAUUGUACCUAUUGUGUACGACAUGGCUACAGGCCUCACGCAGCAGGCUGACAUCCCCAGACAGCACAGCUCCUCUGGGGCUGCAGCACUAAUGGUUUCUAAUAUCCUCAAGAGGUUCAAUGAGUUGCACCCAGCAAGACAGGGUGAGUGUACGAUAUUUGCGUCAGUUCAUGAACUGAUGGCCAACCUCACGUUACCCCCCGGCACUCGUCAGUAACAGCAGCUUCGGAAGCUGUAGUGGAACUAAACUGGAGUCCCUUUAUGGCCAAGCACGGGUCCACGUCUGAGCUACGGAGAAACAGGAGAGCAACAGUCAUCCACAGACUAAAACCCCAGCAUGUGACCUCUGUUUCUGCCUCUGGACUAUUGCCCUGUUUAAUUUCACUGUUUUGAAAGGGAGUAAGCUAAGAACAGCCAUGGACCACUCACUCUUUAUUCUUUAUAGAUGCUUAGAAACAAGGUUUGCUGUAAGGUAGAUCUUGGACAAGUGGCCCAUUUGUUGCAAAGGGAUAAAAUGUUAUAUUUUCCUCCAGGUGCACUUGUAAACAAGAUUAUCUAUUGAAAUUAUUGUUGUUUACAAAAAUAUGUACAUUGUUGUAAAUUUGAGUGUUGAGAAGAAUCGAAUGAGUUACAAUUUUGCUAGUCUGUCUUGUUUCUUUUUUUUACAAUGCUAUACUGAUAUAACUGUAGUAUCAGGAGAUGUAUUCCUCAGCACACUAUUUAAAUGCUUCCCUGCCUUUACACUGUCAAAAGACCUCUGGAUUUUUAUUUCAAGCUAUUUUCUUUCGAUACUGUAAAACUGUGACAGACUUUAUACGCCAGUUGUAUUUUAUUAAGAUGCAUUUUGAGUCUUGAUUGAAAGAUUUGAAAAAUCCUGUCUGACUUUGAUAUUUAAAAAUAAAACAAGCCCACGGUUGGUUUGUGCUUUGAGGA